AUGGCAUCUCCUUUCGACGAAAAGCAGCGUGCACCUGUCGAAGGAAUCAGUGUCAAUAUCCCUCAGACGGAGAAUGAUGUCAAAAUCCAUCCACAGCCCACAUCCGAUCCCCUAGAUCCAUUGAACUGGUCCUGGGUGCGAAAACAUUCGAUCCUCGGAAUCGUGAUGCUCAAGUACUUCCUCUUCACCUACAUCACUACCACCACCGUUCCCUCAUUCCCGGCCAUCCAAGCCCAAUUCGAAAUCUCAUAUGACCAGGUCAAUUGGACCGUAGCUAUACCCGCUCUAGGCCUAUCUGUAGGCCCGCUUCUCUGGUCCUCCCUGGCUGAUAUCUACGGCCGACGCAUCAUCUUCAUCGUCGGCACCGUCAUCUCCUUCGUCUCGAGCAUCGGCGCUGCAGUCGCUGAUAAAUAUGCUGGGUAUAUGGCGGCGAGGUUCUUUCAGGGGUUGGGGGUGAGUCCGGGAGCGACGGUGGGCAUGGCUGUGGUAAAUGAUCUGUUCUUCGACUAUGAGAGGGGUCAGAAACUGGGGUUCUGGGUUCUUGCUCUGGAUUCGGGUUUGCUGUUAGGCCCUACCUUCGGCGGAUUCCUCAAUCUCGUCAGCGCCGCCUGGAUUAACUGGUUCACAGCCAUUCUAUUCGGACUACUCUUCGUCCUCGAACUUUUCUUCAUGCCAGAGACUCUCUAUCCUCGCAGUCUCAUGCUCACACACCCUUCUUCAUCCGAGUCUAUACUCUCAGCUCUCGAAGAGAAUAAGAAACCUCACUCAUCCUCUCCACCUACAUCUACAUCUACAUCUACAUCUACACCACCCCCGUCAACAACAGCCCAAGAAAAGACCAUACCUCGAACCCAAACCCUCCCCAUCCUCAACUUCCGCCCCAUCCCCGGCCUCAAUCACCCCCGUCCCUGGUCCGCAACCCACCGCUUCCUCCUCACCUUCCGCCUCCCCGUCAUCGUCCUCGCCGUUACCGGCUAUUCCUUUACUUGGUACUGGUGGAUCCUCUCCAUAAUAACCAUGAUGCCAGCCGCCUACGAGUCCCACCCCCCAGUGAUCCAGGGCCUGCUGUUCCUAGGCCUGUUGCUGGGGACGGUGAUCAGCGAGGCGUUCCUCUCGGGCCGGUUGAGCGAUCGACUCAUGCGCGUACUGAGUGCAAGGAACGGCGGCAUCCGCGUGCCGGAGAUGAGGCUGUGGAUGGCGUAUCCGGCGGUCGUGGUCAGCGGUGUCGGGUUGGUUGUUUGGGGUGUCAGUGUUGAGAGGAGUUGGCAUUGGGUAAUUGGGCAGGUGGGGUUGUUUCUGUUCGCCUCAGGUCUCCAAAUCGGCAACACAAUCACAAGCGCCUACAUCGUCGACUGCUACCCACUACAAUCAUCCAGCAUAGUGGUAUUCUACGCCGUGGUAUUGAAUCUCAGCGCAUUUGUGAAUCCGUUCUUUAUAUCCCCCUGGUACGCAUCCACCGGCUGGAUCUGGACAUUCACCACGCAGGCCCUGAUCGCAGUCGGCGCAGGGACGGGGGUGUUUGCCUGUCUACAUUACUUCGGGGGGUGGAUGCGCAGAAAGACGACGAUGCCGGUGUGGGUGAAUGCGGAGUUUGAUUCUUAA